UGCAGCACAUGAACGCACAGUGGGCGGUUUCAAACUAACUGAAAUGAGAUGCAAAAUGAAAUUUGCGUUUAAUAGGUAACAAUGGAAACUUCUAGCAAUGAGCCAAUAUCAAAAACUGCUUUUAUUGUUGCCAUAAACAUGCUCGGACUGGCGUGACGACCGAAAGUCGAAAGCGUUUCAGUUGCUUUUUAACAAACUCCCAGUCUGUUUGACUGUUGUUUUUAGACUACAGUGAAUGGCUGAGAGGCAAACUGGCUGUUUUAAGUUUCGGAAAAGGCGAGGCACUAGAGUUGAGCCUGAAGGAGAACACAACGUUAGCACAAACGAACAAAACGGACCACCGACAGACGAAGCACGGCCAUUACCCACAAACGAUCAAAACGGGCCACCGACAGACGAAGCACAGCCGUUACCCACAAACGAACAAAACGGGCCAUCGACAGACGAAGCACAGCCGUUACCGGAGGAUUCAAGCAGCAGUGGUAGGUCGAGACUCGGGGAGGGAUUAGAAGGACGAGUCAAUCGACUACCCGAUAAAGAGUUUCGAGAAAGAAAUAAUGCCCUGAGGAUUGACAAUGGAGUAGACGAGGAAGCUGCAUUCUCCCAGUUAAAACCUGUGACAGUUGAGCUUCACAAAAAGGAAAACAGGGAGGCCCAUAAAACAGAUGACUACGAGAUACAAGAACUGAUACUUAGAAGGGGACAGGCGUUUGACGUCACGGUGACGUUCAACAGAGACUACGAUCAGGAGAAUGACAUCCUUGUGGUUCAGUUUGUAACAGGUAAACGACCUCAGGAAAGUAAAGGAUCUAUUGUUCGAGUUGGAGUUGGAGAAAGUCUUUCCCCAAAACACUGGGGAAUGCAGGUCAAGGAAGCCAGUGGAAGCACUGUCCACCUAUCAAUCAUGUCAUUUGCAAAAGCCAUCAUUGGUCGAUACGAGGUGUUCAUUGAAACUAAACGCAAGGAGGCUUCUGGAGAGGAAUCUUUGUUUCGAUAUAAACAUGAAGAGCAGAUCUGUAUCUUGUUCAAUGCUUGGUGUUCAGGUAAUCUUUUAACUUAGUGAUGCCUAUGUCGGAGAAAUAAGUACAUGUUUCGCAGAUGAAUCUCAAAUGCAGUAAUUGAUUUAAAUAUGAAAGGGUCUCUUAAGUCACCAGGCGUCCCCUUCCUUGGUUUGAACGUUGUGCACGAGUUGUGGGCCUGUUGUUAACCACCAAGCCUCGCUCUUCAUGUUUCCAGUCAAUUCAC